AUGAUGGAAGUGAUUGAGAAUGAAAAAAGGUUGUGGGGAGAUAGUGACUCUGGAUUCUCCAACAAUAAUUCGCCCACUGGAUCCUAUCGUCAAGUCAAUAGACAGCGAAAACCACAGCAGCCGCCACUGUCCCCUUCCCGUUCAAUUUCCGGCAGUUCGUCAUCUGAAGAAGAGCCCGAGCGAAACCGAGCUGUAACACUGCGCGAUCUGUACUCUCUCCGACAGGUUCUUUCCGACACAUCGAAUGGAACAGUCUUCUCGGGCAGACGGAGACGCGAUGGACGAGCCGUCGCCAUCAAGAGAAUCAUGAGGAACAGGGUCAAGCGAUGGGGGCUUGUUCGCGGCCGACAAGUGCCGAUGGAGGUUGCUUUACUCCGCCGCGUAAAUGAGAAACGCCACUCUGGGAUCGUUGAAGUGCUGGAAUGGUUCGAGUGCGCUGACUGCUUCUUGGUCGUGAUGGCACGACCCACGCCAGUAAUGGAUCUUUUCGACUAUGUUUCCAAGCGCAAGAGAUUGACAGAAAAGGAGUCACAGAAAAUCAUGCUCCAAAUCAUCGACAGCAUCGAGCACUGCCAAAGUCGCGCCGUUUUUCAUCGAGACGUCAAGCUCGAGAAUAUUCUCAUCGUCCCCACUACUCUUCAGACUACCCUUAUCGACUUUGGCUGCGGCGCGUUCGCGAAGGAAGAUGAAUUCAAUGAUUUUGCUGGCACUCCUCAGUACUACCCACCAGAGUGGUUCCUCGAGAGAAGAUACAACGGAUAUGCACAGACAGUCUGGGCGUGUGGAGUUCUUCUCUACAGUUUGGUUACAGGAAGACUGCCUUUUGCAUCGACGGAGGAAAUCUGCGCCCGAAGAGUUCACUGGCCAGAUAGUGUGGUUUUGACCAGUGGAGUUAAGAAUCUUAUAGCAACGGUCUCAGUUUUUUAUCAUCCUAACAUCUUAGCAUAUUUUAAAAAUUUUAUGGGUUAG